AUGUCAAGUAUAAUAUACUUAACAGCAGUAUUUUUUAUGUUACUGACUUUACAAAGCUAUAAUUCAUCUACAGGAAACCAUAAAAAAUUAAAGUCACAAUGGUUAAAUCAGAACCACCGUUCUGCAACAUCACUAUGGCCUUCGUUCCCAAAUGACAAUAACUCCUAUGUUUAUCUCUUGGGUUUAUUUUUAGAGCAACGGUUUACAACUGGAACUGAAAAACAUUUUCAAAGAUCGGUAGAACCUGUGAUGUUUCAAGCUGCAGUCCUAUUAUCACAAAAGUUAAAUAUUACUAUAAAUGGAAAGCGGAUUGCCUAUCAUGUCGAGUCUACAAGUGGUCGUAAUGUAAUCGAAGCACUUGAUCUUACAUGUCGUGCUAUCCAGGAAUAUAAAAUACUCGGCAUUGUUGGACCUGAGUAUUCGAGCGAAGCAAAAACACUAGCCAGUUUUGGUAAUCGAGCAGGAUUGGCGGUAAUAGGCUAUUCUACAACAGAACCGGAACUCUCAGAUCGCAACUCAUAUAAAACCUUCUAUCGGUUAUCAGCGUCUGAUGUUUUCAUAGCACAGGCACUUUUGAAAUUAUUUAAACAAUAUCUUUGGAAUUCAACAAAUAUUAUUUAUCAAGGUGACAGUUAUGGCCAAGGUGGACUUCAUGCUUUAGAUGAAGCAUUUGGUAAUGAAGUUAAAAUCUCACGUUCGAUCAGAUUCGAUUUAUUUACAGAGCGCAUUGACAAUCUUAAACGUCAACUAGAAGAGAGUCCAUCGCGUAUUGUGAUCGUCAUGGCUGCUGGAAAUGUAACAACAAAAAUUAUACGUCAAUCACUAGAAGUAGGUGAAGUUAUGGCUCCAUCUUUUCUCUGGAUAUUGACAGCAAGUAAUUCAUUAGCGGAUAUUCCUAAUGAUCAAAAUGUAAAUCAACUAGUAGGAAUGCUCAUGUUAAGGCAAGUAUCACCACAAGCUUUUAAUCAAUUGACAGAAACAAAUUUACUAAAUGAAUCUCUUAAUAUCUGGGAAGAAAUCGACCCUCAUUCGUUUCAAGAAAGUAGUUCAAAAGUCGAUAUCUUUGCUCUCUACGCAUUUGAUGCUGCGUGGUUACUUAUAUUGGCAUUGCAACAACUUUGUCAAAGGAAUUCUACUAAUUGCCUUUCAUUUGAGAACACUUCCAAUUGUUUCAAAGCUCGUUUAACUGCACAAGAAGACUUUCAUAAAAUUCUUCAAACAAUAACUUUUAUUGGCCUUACAGGAAGAGUGCAAUUCCACUCGAAUACAACUGAUCGUAUUGAUGACACAGGUGUUUAUUAUGUCAUCGAUAAUAUACAACCAUCAAGAAUGAGCACUAACAAAUUUCAAAUUGUAGAAGUUUUACAAUUGAAUGGUUCGUUACAGUAUAAUACUUACAACAGUACAACUGCAUGGGUGACUACAGGAAAUAUAAUUCGCUGGCCAGGGCAACGGAAUGAAAUACCCACUGAUUAUGCACUUCUACGAGGUAAUUUAGUAGAAAUCUUAGAAACUUACUGGAGGAUGUUCUAUCUUUACUUCUUGAGACUUACGUACUGUAUUUGACAGGAUAUAUUAGAAUGCAAAAGCUCAAUAGAUUGAAUUUACAAAAUUUUCACUUCAAACGAAUCGUUUAUUUACUGAGUUGCGGACGUUCAUUCUAUUACUCAAUAUGAAUUUGAACCCUUUCAAACAAUUUUUGUCCGGUUUGCUGAAACUAUACUUGAAUAUAGAUUUGAAAUAUCAUCACGAGUGCAAAUCGUUUCUAGGUAAAACACUCAACAUCACGGUUUACAUAUCACCACCAUUUUUU